AUCCCUAGAGUGAAAUUGCUCACGCACACAGGAAGAAUUACGGUCGGCUAAAAGUAUAAACAGUUCUUCGUGCUUGUUUAUUUGUAUAAAUUGUUUAUAGGACUUGUGUCCUGCAAAUAAUGCAAUAGGUGCCUGACAUUAGGCAGCAAUUGAACGUUAUGAAGGAGAACAACAAGAUCCUUCAGCUGAUUAAUGUGGCGUGGCGUGAACGCUGGUCCGACUCACAAUGGGGCAUUAACAUAAAGAAGGUCUUACCACGAGGUGUUAGCGGCGAUGUUUACAAUUUGGCCGACUGUCUCUUGCAGCAGGCUGUGAUCGGCUCCACAGCGAAUCCACUGGUGUUGAACUAUCUGAAGCACUCGCUGUGCGCCCAUCUUGUCUCGCAUGCGGCUGUUCUUCGCUGCAUCGCCAAAUAUGAUAAACUGGGACGCGUCUAUUGUGUAACUGCUUUGCUUGAGUUUCUGGUCAGCAUUAUAGAUGGCAUCACCUGUCGCAUUAAAUCGGAGGAGACGCUGCUGCCUGGUGCCAUGGUGCAGCUGGUGCUGUGGAUCAUGCAGAUCUUUGCCAGGACACUGCAGCAAUACGAGAUGCGUGGCGAGCUGAGCGCCGAACAAUCUUAUAUGUUGGAUCAGAGCUGCCUGCUCGUCGAGCACCUGACGAAGCAACAGUUCGCUUUGGCCAUGUUGAAUGUGGGCUGUCACGAGGAAGUGGAUUCGCUGGACAAGAUGCGUGAACUGUAUGCAAGCAUCAAGGGAUCGCUGACCAACUCCAAUUUUACGUUAAGCUCAGCCACGGCGGAGCAGCAGUUGAAACAAUUAGCGUACAUUGAUGCCAAACAGUUGGAGUUGCAAUCCUUGAAUCCACUGCCAUCGGCUGAGAAGAUCUCCUGCUGUGUUCAGCCACUGCUUGCGGUUGAGGUGCUGCUCAAUCCCUGCAAGGACACCUCAUACUAUGUGGCCGAAUUGCAAAUGCUGCAACGUCUCAAGGGUUAUACGAAUACCCGUCUAUUCUAUGAGAUUAUACGUGCCGGUUUCCUCACGCUCAGCAAUGUGGCGGACACCAGUCCGGAUACCAUGUGGGGUGCUUUUAUGCUCUUCAAAAUGCCGCACAUUAUCAAACAGCUACACACACUGCAACGUGUGCCGGGUGAGCAGCCAUUGCCCCCCACAGACUACAUACCGGAACUGGUCGAGGCGUUGGAGCUGCUCAUCGAGGAUAAUUUGUUGCUAGAUUUCAUGGCCACGAAAUGCUCGUGCAAUAUCAUUGACUUCCUUCUCAACGACUGGACCAAACAGCAGCUAGUCAACGAUGUGCAUGUCAAGAAAUUCGCCAGUCAGCGUGAGGCCGCCUCGCUGCUGCUCAAGAAAUGCGUCAAUGGCCAGCAGACGCCGUCGAACAUAAAUUACAUUAAGCGUGCCGAGGUGCCUCUUUCGGGCGUACUUAAAACGCUCUGCACAAAUAAGGUGCAGGACAUGGUGAAUGUUCUCUGCCAGGUGCCAGUGGGCAAUAACUUUGAGCUGAUACUAUCUGUGGCCACCGUGGAGGGUCUCCUCAAGACUUUUGUCUCGCGGCUGAUUCAGUGCAACGAGAACUCCAAACAGGUGCCCGGGGAACUGGGCAAACUGUCCGUAAUACGCUCCACGCUGUUCGAUGUCUCCUUCCUGAUGCUCACCAGCAUUGUGCAGACCUACGGAUCGGACGUGGUGCUGUCGGAGCGUGGCGACUCCUUCUUCGAGAAAUGGGUGCGCGAAUGCAUGAUGGAGCGCAAUAAGCUGAAGAAUCCCCGACAGAUCUUGGCACUGUGCGAUGAUAGCAUUGUGGAUGAACUGCUGCUGAGUCUGAGCAAACCGGAGGCGGCGGCACAACUGAAACAGCCCAGCAGUCUUACCUGGCAGGACAUCUGCCUCAAUCUGCCCGGUGUGCUACAUCACGUGCUGAUUGCCUGGGAGCAGGAGACUCUAUCCUCUGCGGAUGUCAAGAGCAUUUUGGACAACAUGAAGCGGCGUCUGUUUAGCUUCUCCGUCUGCGCCACCUCCUUCCUGUGCGCCUACAUGUAUUCCGUACGGGAAACGGAGUUGCUCAAGCCCCUGAAUAUGAUUCAACAGUUUUUGGCACCGCUCACCACCGAGGAGCUGUCCAGCCAGGAGAAUUCCAAGGAACGCCUCGCCCUCUCCUACCAGGUCAUACGCAAAAUGCAGCACGAUGUGCAUCCGGCGCCCAACACCAAAUCCCGUCUCAUCUCGCACACACCGCUCAUCGAACAGUUUCGCGAAUGCUGGCGCAGUGUCCAUGACGCCGGCCAUCUGCCGGUGCGUGCGGCACAGACACUGGAAUCGCUGCUGCUGGCUGGUGGCGCCUCCUGGCUGGUCACCCAACUGGCGGAACAGUUGCUCAGCUGCAAAUAUAUGCGGGAUAUGGCCAAGUGCAUGGACAUUGUAUUCGCUGUGAUGCAUCUGGACAUUGAGCGCAGCACGGAGGCACUGCUGCAGUAUGUGGUGGCACCAUUGAUUCUACGUCGUCAGGGCGAUGACAUCAAUGAGCCGCAAUCUCUGGUGCUGGCCCGACUCUGUGUUUACUGCAUCAUUUCCUGCCUGGAGACGCGCAGUUUGGCUGCCGGCGCACUGAAGAAGCGUUCACGUUCCCAUGACGAGGAUGAACUGCUGUCGACGAGUGCGGCCAAGGUGCGCAAAGUGUUUAGCGAAUGCAGCGAUAAUUCCAAUGAGGCCGCCACAAAUGCUGUCGCCUCCAUGCUGGUGGGCGGGGGCACAACUCCCAACACCGACUUGCUGCGUGCCACACCCGUCAAUCUCAAGGAACCGCUGCACUCGAGCGUUAAGCACAUUUUUCGCGUCUUUCUGCAAUUCGUCAGCGGCGAUGAGCUGUCGCCCAAGGCCGUCUUCGUCUAUCAGUUUAUUUCGCUGCUCGUCGAGUGCGGCGGUGAGCGGGUGGCGCCCGUGCUCCGCCUGCUGCCCCCCAAUCUGAUGCAACAGCUGCUUAAGGUGCUGGCCACCGAUGAUAUACGCGUCGGCCUCAUCAGUCGCCUCUACGAUCUGCGAGCGCAGAGCGGCCGUCAGGCCGCUGUCGCCGAUCUGUGUCUGUGGCGCAACAUGCAGCUGGCGCGGCACAGCAUCCAUCUGUGAGCUGCGAGGGCUGAUCAAUAAGAUCUAAUAAAUGGCUUAUCGGGUUUAAUUGAUAAUUACUGAAUAUGAACUUAUGCGUAUUAAAAACAAAAAUAAUGAAAAUAAAUGUACCUUAGGCUUGUUUCGAUGUAUAUAUGCGCCCGAUCUUAA